UUUCCCAGGAUGGAGGCAGUUUGCAUCGAAGGGAGCCAAGUUAAGGACACUGGGCGAAAAUAUAUGGAUUUCUAGUCGCUAAUGUUCAACAUUGUUUUUAACAGGUACAAAAUUACUCCUCAGGGAUUAACUGUCGCACUUGGUUAAAGUCGUGAAAUGGAAUGCUUGUGCGCAUAGUUGAUCCCCUGCAUGCUGUCUGAAGAGCUUGAACAGACAAGACAAGAGAACAGCAUUAAGCAUGGAUAUGGAAGAAUUCCCCCCACCCCCACCUGAAAUUUUGGAUGAAGAUGAAGGAGAACCCUUUGACUUUGAUGACAGUGGCGAUGAUAUCCCCGAGGCAGACCGGCCACCUCCCAACCCCAGCAACAAGGAUCUGAGUCACAGUGACCUUGCGUGUCAUCUGGCAGAGGUUGAUGUCUCCAGUCGGGCCCCCCAAAUAUCUUCCAUCUUACCUGAUGCACCGCUGUCACCGGAAUUAUCAGGAUGCAGGUUCUUGAUAGCUGUUGAAGCAGCAGCAGAGGUCCAGUCCGCUGCUGAGGGGACUGAUAAGAUAGACAGAGAUUUACCUCUGCCCCCUCCACCUGAGGAUGUUAUUGAAACUGAUGCUGGAAGAAGAGAGAGUGAACAUCAGGAAGUGUCCAGAAUUGUCCAAACAGUUCCAAGGAUUUCCUCCAAAGCCAACCCCUACUCUGUGAUUGACAUCACUCCGCUUCAGCUGCAGCACCUCGAGCAACACGAAUCCUCCUCUCCUCCAUCUGAACCAGGAGAGCCCAAGGAAGAAGUGGGAGAAUCUGAGGAUACUCACAGCAGCCCUGGUGGCAUCACCUCAGGCUAUUCCGUACCAGUGCCCUGCGGCUAUGCAACCCCAUCUGGCGUACCGCUAAUCACGCCUGCUUACGCCACACCUGUCAUCAUUCGACAUCUCUCCGUGGAUGAGGAUGUCACAGUGAUUCGCACUGGCAACAUUUCCACUGACAGUGUUUUUAGUGAAGAUUUUUCACCUAUUAGAGAGGAGGAUGCUUUGGAAAAGUGGGCAUCAGAUCCUGCGAAUACUGCAUGGAUGGAAAAUCCUGACGAGGUGAUUUACGAUGAUGUUCCCAAGGAGAACUCUGACUCCAACACAGAACCAGAUGAGAUGAUUUAUGACGACGUGGAGCUUGGGGAGGAAGGAGGUUAUCUUGAUAAUGACUGGAGCUCAAGCGAGUUUGAAAGCUACGAUGAGGCGAGCGAUGGGGAAGGGCACUCUGAGAAUGGCCUGCCCAAUGCAUUUAUGAGGGGGAAGCCUGCCCAGAAGAAGACCCAUCUCUCUCAAGAUCUGAGCCGUUUGAAAGAACACUAUGAGAAAAAGAUGAAAGAUCUAAUGGCAAAUACAGUGGGAACGGUAGAGCUGCAGCAGCUCAAACAGAAACACGAGCAGAAGAUGCAAAAGUUGGUGAAAGCAGCUAAAGAAGGGACCAAAGAUGGGCUUGAGAAAACCAAAGCUGCAGUUAAAAAGGGACGUUCUUUCAUCAAAACCAAAUCUUUCUGUAAUGAGAGAAAGUCUACCUGUCUUGAAGAUGAGGAGUCUGAAUUCUUCAUUGAGGUGGAUUGUUUCAAUGUUGAGCCAAUUUUGGGUCCAGCCCCAGAGGGGCUUUCACAACAACAACUGGUAAGACGAUGUAUAUUGGGCACUAUACUGGAGAGUGAAAAGCGCUAUCUUGAUGCAUUGAAGAGAAUAUUAGAGCAAUAUGAAAAGCCCCUGUCCCAGAUUGAGCCAAGGUUACUGAGUGACAGGAAACUGAAGAUGACCUUCUAUAGAGUACGGGAGAUCCUGCAGUGCCACUUCCUGUUCCAGAUCGCGCUGGCGAGUCGAGUGGCAGAGUGGGACAGCUUGGCAAUGAUUGGUGAUGUCUUCGUAGCAUCGUUCUCAAAGUCUAUGGUGCUGGAUGCCUACAGUGAGUAUGUGAACAACUUCAGUACAGCAAUGUCAGUGGUAAGAAAGACCUGCGCAUCAAAACCCGGCUUCCUGGAAUUCCUAAAGCAUCGUCAAGAGACAAGCUGUGACAGGAUGACUUUGUAUGGUUUGAUGAUGAAACCAAUCCAGAGGUUUCCACAAUUCAUUCUGCUCCUCCAGGACAUGCUCAAAAACACACCAGUGGGCCAUGCAGACCGCCUGCCCCUACAGAUGGCCUUAACAGAACUUGAGACCCUGGCUGAGAAGCUCAAUGAAAAGAAGAGAGAAGCUGACCAGCGCUGCGAGAUUCGCCACAUUGCAAAGGCUAUGAAUGAACGCUACCUCAACAAGCUUUUGAGUAACGGUAGCCGCUACCUGAUCCGCUCAGACGACAUGGUAGAGACAGUCUACAAUGAGCGUGGUGAAGUCAUCAAAGCAAAGGAACGACGGCUUUUCCUACUCAACGAUGUUCUCAUGUGUGCCACGCCCAAUAUUCGGUGCCAGGACGGCAGUAGUAGCGGUAGUGGCGGUGCCCCAUUUGACCAGCGGUACCUUCUAAAGUGGAGUGUUCCUUUGAGCUUUGUGGAUGCCUUGGAGUUUGGAUCCAGUGAGGACAUUCCCGACACCACCCGCUACCCUGCCUCCCAUUCUGGGGAGAAAGUUGUCAUCAAUACAAAGCCAAACAAACUCUACAUGGGCCCAGGUCAGCUGUACCAGGAUCUGCAGAACCUAAUCCACGACCUCAACCUGGUCAACCAGAUUUCCGGCAUGAUCAGCAGCCUCAAAGGCAACUACCAGAAUGUGAACCCCACAGUGGCUCAGGACUGGGUAUCAGGUCUCCAGAGGCUCAUUCUGAAGAAGGAAGAAGAGAUUAGGGCAGCUGACCGCUGUAGGAUCCAACUUCAGCUGCCUGGCAAACAAGACAAGUUGGGCAAAGCCACAUACUUUAGUGCGGUGUUCAAUACCCUCAACCCAGCCAUCAAACAGUCAUGGAUCAGUAACUUGCAAAUGGCUAAGCUGGCUCUAGAGGAGGACAACCUUCAGGGCUGGUUCUUUGCAGAAGAUGAUGGAAAUCAACUGAAAAAGCAGAAACAUCCUCUCUUGCUCAAACAGAUGCCUGUGGUCAUGUCUAAACUACAAGAGUUCAAGGUGGAAUGUGCAGUCCACAACCCAGAGCCCUAUAUCAACACUGAGAGCACAGCAGACACUCCUGUCGUGGGCCAUGGUUGUAUCUGGGUUGCAAGUUGCACCAACCAGAUGGGCCAAAUAGCCAUCGUUGCCAUGCAGAGCUGCAGCCCAAAGGUGACUGAGUGCUUUAAUGUGGAGUCCCGUAUCCUGUGCAUGGCCUACGUCCCAGCAGAAGAGCCACAGGAGAAUGAUGACAAAGUCCAAGAAAACAACCAGAUCUCGCUGACAAAAAACAGUUUUACACCCACUGUCUGCCUGGGCAUGGAGGAGGGGAGCAUUAUUGUCUACAAAAGUAGCCAGCGGUCCAAGAAAGUGCGUCUGCAGCAGUUCUUCACCCCAGACAAAUCCACUGUCACUAGCGUGGCGUACAUGAAACGCUGUUUGUAUGCUGGCUUGGUCAGUGGCUCUGUGGCCAUCUACACCAGAUCACAAGAUGGGUUAUGGAUCUGCGAUAAGCCCAAGGUGGUGAAGCUGGGAGUCUUGCCGAUCAAGGCCAUGCUGGCUGUGGAAGACCACCUUUGGGCUUCAUCGGGUGGCCAAGUCUUCAUCAUUAGCACAGAAACACACUGUGUUAAGAGGCAGCUGGAGGCCCAUCAGGAGGAGGGUAUGGUGGUGUCCCACAUGGUGGUGGCAGGGGUGGGCAUUUGGAUUGCCUUCAGCUCAGGGUCCACCUUGCGUCUCUUCCACACUGAGACCCUGGAGCACCUGCAGGACAUUAAUAUUGCAACACCUGUCAACAACAUAUUGCCUGGGAACCAGAGAGUGUCAGUGAGCAGUUUGUUGGUUUGCCAUGGUAUGCUGCUUGUCGGAACCAACCUGGGCGUGACUGUGGCCCUCUCUGUCCCCAGACUGCAGGGUAUCCCCAAGGUCACAGGUCGGGGCAUGGUAUCCUUGCAUGCUCACAACGGCCCAGUUAAGUUCCUAACUGUGGCCACAGCGGUGUGUAACCGACCCUCGGGCCUCCCUUCCCCCGCUUCCUCAGAGUCAACCCAGACAGUAGAGCCAGAGGACGGAGAAGGCAUUCUGCCCCCCUCAGACUCUGCGACACUGCCUCAGGGCCAAGGAGUGUGGCUGGGAGAAGCAGGCUGUACCACCAUGGCUUUCCAGGACUCACUGUCUUCCUCAUCCUGCGGCUCUUUAGCUCAAUCCCAAGGCUCCUUGGAGCACGGGCCCGAGGACGGGGCCCUUUAUGAUGUGCUCCAUGAUCAGGCCUACCCCCACAGCGGCCGCCGCACCAGCAAAGUGGAUGUCAGCUCUCUCCUGGUGGUUUCUGGAGGUUUGGGCCACCGCAGGGUGAACAAAAAGACCAAACAGUCACGCCAUGGAGACAACACCUCUACCAUCCUGAUCUGGCAGAUCCCGUUGCUCAACAUGUGACGCACCAAUAAACCAGUGAAACAGAACUGAAUUACCAGGAAGCAGUUUUAAAAAAGGGGAUAUUUAAUAAUCAUACAAAUGGCUCUUGACUUGUUUCAGGCACAUAUAGUGGUUAUAAAAGGUCUACACGCCCCUGUUCAAAUGCCAGGUUUUUGUGAUGUACGGGAGAAAAAUAGACCAAGAUAAAUCAUUUCAAAAACGUUUUCCACCAAUAAUGUGACCUAGAACCUGUGUAACGUAAAAAAAAUGUUUUCCUUUUUUUUUUUUGGGAGAAAUAAAACAACUGAAAUAAUGUAGUUGCACAACGGUGCACACCCUCUUAUAACUGGGAUCAUGUGGCUGUGUUCAGAAUUAACCAACCGCAAACGCAAUAAUACAUUUUCACGCAUUUUGUUAUGGUCGGAUGAAACCAAGGUUUAACUUUUCGGCUAUAAUUCCGAAAGUUAUGUUUGGCGCAAACGCAACAAUGUUCAACACCAAAAGAACACCCUGCCUACACUGAAGCGUAGUAGUGGCAGAAUCAUGCUUUGGCUCUGAUUUUCUGCUGCUGGAACUGGGGCCUUAGUCAAGGUGGAAGGAAUUAUGAACAGUUCCCAAUAGUCAGUGUCAACGCAAAACCUUCAGGCUUCUGCGAGAAAGCAAAAAAUGUGUCAGGAAAAACCUACGAGAACAUCGGAACUUUAUUUGGGGUUAAUGUGAGACAUUUUAAAUGGUGGCAGGUGUUUGCAGACUCCCAUUUAACAAGAGUUUGAAUGAAAUUGGUAAAUUCUGAACACAACCACAUCCCCAGAUACAGUAUAGAGAGGGUGUGCACACUUGUGCAACCAGUUCAUUUCAGUUGUUUAUUGUUAAUUACCCUCUCUAAAAGAUUUUCUUUUUAAUUUUAAUUGACUCGUACAGGUUAUAGGUCUCAUUAAUGGUGGAAAAGUUUUUGAACUGACUAAUAUUUGUCAAAAAAAUGUUAUAUCACAAAAACUUGACAUUUGACCAGGGUGUGUAGACUAUAUAUAUCCACUGUAUAUCCCAUCCAUUGUAUAUCUGGUGGUAGACUUAUACUGAUUAUGGGCCAAUCGCAACAAAGUACCGGUAAAUGCUUCAUUUAAACCUGGAUGACAUCACUUGGCUCCACUACAGUAUUCCUGAUGAUAUCUUAGUGCAAGAUAAAUGAAAAGGAACUCUUCUGUAAAAACAGACUUAAUCUUAACACAGCUAAUACAUCAGAUGACUUGCCACCAUUUUUAGUUUGUGUAAUGUACCUGUAUUGUACAAAACCACAGUUUGUAAAACAGCAUUGACUUUUUUUUUUCUUCUUGUAUGAGGUGUGUGAAGUUACAAUACGGUUAUAUAAUUAUUAUAAUUUUUCUCUCCAAGAUUAGGAUCAGGGUUCAGGAAUUCUGUCAAGACUUGUUGAGUUGUUAUGGAGUUGACUCAGGUUUAUCUGUAAGCAUUUUUGGGGGGAUCAGACAAAGGUUCUUUGUGUAAUAUAAAAUAUCAUUUUCAUAGAACUAGUCCAGUGCUCACGCUCGUGCGUUUACAAAGAAAAUUGGUAAAAAGGUGAAAUAAUGUUGACUGAUUUACUUUGGAAAGACUGGUAAGAUCUCUGGCUGGCCAGUGUUCUCCACAAGUGGAAGAGUUUUUGUUAUUGACCGAGUGUUUUGUUCAGCCCUAAAUCCUUUUUGUUGCUUAGUUAAGAAUAUUUAAGAGACUGAAAAAACAAAUACUUUUGUUUUGUUGUACUGUAUAUGUUUGUAUGUACAGUACUGUACUUCUGUUAUGUUCUUAAUCAAUAUAAAAAGUUGUUUUAUUGAGA